AUGGGUAAAGGAUCCAGCAAACUGAAACAGGAUCAACUAAAAACACUCGCACAACAGACAUAUUUCACAGAGAAGGAAAUCAAACAAUGGUAUAAAGGCUUCGUUCGGGAUUGCCCAAAUGGAAUGCUAACUGAGGCAGGUUUUCAAAAAAUCUAUAAACAAUUCUUCCCACAAGGAGAUCCGUCCGAUUUCGCAUCGUUCGUCUUCAAGGUAUUCGACGAAAAUAAGGAUGGAGCGAUCGAGUUUCACGAAUUCAUUCGAGCGCUAUCCAUUACGUCACGAGGGAAUCUCGACGAGAAGUUACAUUGGGCAUUUAAACUGUAUGAUCUCGACAACGACGGUUUCAUCACUCGGGAUGAAAUGCUUUCUAUUGUGGACUCCAUUUACAAGAUGGUUGGCUCAAGUGUGAAGAUUCCAGAUGAGGAGAGUACUCCUGAAAAGCGGGUUGAUCGAAUAUUCAGGAUGAUGGAUAAAAAUAACGACGCACAAUUGACAUUGGAAGAAUUCAAAGAAGGAGCUAAGGCUGAUCCGUCAAUUGUGCAUGCACUUUCGUUAUAUGAAGGAUUAUCGUCGUGA